AGUUCAUAAAGCCUGCCAUCUUCGCUUGCCCACUGCACACUGACCCGCUAAUGGCUAAGAUAAACUUCAAUCUCUGUAGUUGCAGAGCGAGUUCUCCUUCAAUGGCGUCCCUCUCUUUUACGCGCUCUCUUCCGUUGCCCAGGUGGCUUCCAAAUUUUCCUGUUCUCUCUCCACCAAACUCUGUUCAACUUCCAGGUUUUAGAUUGCAGAAAAAAAGGUGGGAUCUUAGAGCUCUAUCCAAGAAAAAAGCUGCUGAAUCUACAGUGCAAGAAGCAUUAAGUGGAGUAGGUGAUGCUGUUGAAAACCCAUUAAAGACUUCUAAACGAGCUCCUAGACGAAGUAGAAAGAAAACAAUAUCAGAGGUUCCAGAAGAGAACUCUACGUCAGUGGCUAGUAAUGUUACAGAAGAAGAAAGCACUGCCACUCCGUCUCCUAAACGAAGUAGAAAGAAAACAACAUCAGAGGUUCCAGAAAAGAACUCUACGUCAAUGGCUAGUAAUGUUACAGAAGAGGAAAGCACUGCUACUCCAUCUAGACGAAAUAGAAAGAAAAAAACAACUAAGACUCCAAUGGAAAACUCCUUAUCAGCAGCUAGCGAUGUUACAGAGAAGAAAAGCACCACAACACUAUCUCCUCGACGAAGUAGAAAGAAAAAAACAUCAGAGGUUCCAAAAGAGAACUCUUUAUCGGUGGCUAGUGAUGUUACCGAAGAAAUCACCACUACUCCAUCUACACCCAUUGAAGAUUCUAACAGGACCCCAAGAAGAACCCGAAAGAAAGCUGCUUAUGUUGAUACUAGCCCAGAGGGAGAAAACAUUGAUAAGAAAGUGAGUAGGCGAAGCAAGGCUAAGAAGAAGGUCAAUGAAACAGAGGACCAAGACAGUGAAUCAGAACCCGAUGAUCAUGAGGGACCAACUUUCAAUGAAAUUCCCGUGAGUGAAAAGGAGGAUGACAUAGAAUUUGGAAAAGAGGGGGAGGAUGAUAUUAGCUUCACAUAUGACUGGCCCCCUCUUGUUUGCUGCUUUGGAGCUGCUCAACAUGCAUUCGUACCUUCUGGAAGGCCAUCCAACAGAUUAAUAGACCAUGAGAUCCAUGAAAGUAUGAAUGAUGCAUUGUGGGCCCCCAAAAAAUUUGUAAGAGCACCUGGAGGGUCUUCAAGCAAUGUUGCAGUGGCUCUUGCAAGCUUGGGUGGCCGGGUCACAUUCAUGGGUAAGCUUGGGGAUGAUGACUAUGGGCAAACCAUGUUAUAUUAUUUGAACAUGAACAAUGUCCAAACCCGCUCAAUUAGAGUAGAUAGUAGACAAUUUACGGCAGUAUCACAAAUGAAGAUUAAUAGGCAGGGUGGCUUGAGAACAACUUGUAUCAAACCAUGUGCUGAGGAUUCUCUGAUGAAGUCUGAAAUCAACAUUGAUGUGCUGAAAGAAGCCAAGAUGUUUUACUUCAACUCAUUCUCAUUGCUAGACCCAAACAUGAGGUCAACUACUCUGCAGGCCAUUAAGAUUUCAAAGAAACUAGGAGGGAUCAUCUUCUUUGAUUUAAACCUUCCAUUGCCUCUUUGGCAGUCUGGGGAAGAAACCAACAUGUUUGUACAAGAAGCAUGGACUCUUGCUGAUGUUAUUGAAGUAACAAAGCAAGAACUUGAGUUUCUCUGCGGGAUCAAACCCUCCGAGAGUUUUGAUACAAAAGAUAAUGACAAGUCCAAGUUUAUUCAUUACAAACCAGAAGUAAUCAGACCACUUUGGCAUCAAAAUCUCAAAGUUUUAUUUGUGACCAAUGGAACCUCUAAGAUACACUACUAUACAGAGCAGCAUAAUGGAUCAGUUCGUGGAAUGGAGGAUCCACCUAUUACUCCCUUCACCUGUGACAUGUCAGCAUCAGGAGAUGGAAUUGUUGCAGCUCUCUUGAGAAUGUUGACAGUGCAACCACAUCUCAUUACUGACAAAGGGUACUUGGAACACACAAUCAAGUAUGCUAUAAAUUGUGGGGUUAUUGAUCAAUGGCUGGUUGGGCGGACACGAGGCUUCCCUCCUAAGGAAGGGAUGGAAGAAGAGAUUGUUCCUGAUCCCAAUGGUAUAAAAUCAAUUACAGAAAUGGAAUACCGCACGUUGGGACCUUCUGAUCUAAAUGGUAUACUGCCAAUUAGAGAAAUGGAAUACCAAAAAUUGGAGCCUGUAAGUUGAAUGAGACGUUUACUCUGGUUUAUGUUGUUUGUCAUGUUGAACACAUUUCAGAGGCUGGGAUCAAUCACUGUAAAGAGUUUUUUUUUUUUUUUCCUGCUCUUACAAAUUGUUGAGGUUUAAGCUUGUAAAACUGUAGUUUAAAUCACAUGGUCCAUCACAUGAGACCAAUUUUGAAAUGCAUGGAUGUAUAUGUGCUCUCAUCCUGAA